CCAGAGUGCGGGCCGCCCGCCGAGCCCCAGCCGAGCCCCGGCCAAGCCGAGCCCCAGCCGAGCCGAGCCGGGCCCGGAGCGCCCGGUCCCAGCGCCCGCAGCCAUGCCGGCCGGCCGCGCCGCGCGCACCUGUGCGCUGCUCGCCCUCUGCCUCCUGGGCGGCGGGGCCCAGGAUUUCGGGCCGACGCGCUUCAUCUGCACCUCGGUACCCGUGGACGCCGACAUGUGCGCCGCGUCCGUGGCCGCCGGCGGCGCCGAGGAGCUCCGGAGCAACGUGCUGCAGCUCCGCGAGACCGUGCUGCAGCAGAAGGAGACCAUCCUGAGCCAGAAGGAGACCAUCCGCGAGCUGACCACCAAGCUGGGCCGCUGCGAGAGCCAGAGCACGCUGGACGCGGGCGCCGGCGAGGCCCGGACGGGCGGCGGCCGCAAGCAGCCCGGCUCCGGCAAGAACACCAUGGGCGACCUGUCCCGGACGCCGGCCGCCGAGACGCUCAGCCAACUCGGGCAAACUUUGCAGUCGCUCAAAACCCGCCUGGAGAACCUCGAGCAGUACAGCCGGCUCAAUUCCUCCAGCCAGACCAACAGCCUCAAGGAUCUGCUGCAGAGCAAGAUCGAUGACCUGGAGAGGCAGGUGCUGUCUCGGGUGAACACUCUGGAGGAAGGCAAGGGGGGCCCCAAGAACGACACCGAGGAGAGGGUCAAGAUCGAGAGCGCCCUGACCUCCCUACACCAGCGGAUCAGCGAGCUGGAGAAAGGUCAGAAAGACAACCGCCCUGGAGACAAGUUCCAGCUCACGUUCCCGUUACGGACCAACUACAUGUAUGCCAAGGUGAAGAAGAGCCUGCCGGAGAUGUAUGCCUUCACCGUGUGCAUGUGGCUCAAGUCCAGCGCUGCGCCGGGGGUGGGCACGCCCUUCUCCUACGCUGUGCCCGGCCAGGCCAACGAACUGGUCCUCAUCGAGUGGGGCAACAACCCCAUGGAGAUCCUCAUCAACGACAAGGUGGCCAAGCUGCCCUUUGUCAUCAAUGAUGGGAAGUGGCACCACAUCUGUAUCACCUGGACCACCCGGGAUGGGGUCUGGGAAGCCUACCAGGAUGGCACCCAAGGUGGCAAUGGCGAGAACCUGGCACCCUAUCACCCCAUCAAGCCACAAGGCGUGCUGGUGCUGGGCCAGGAGCAGGACACUCUGGGUGGUGGAUUUGAUGCCACUCAAGCAUUCGUGGGUGAGCUCGCCCAUUUCAACAUCUGGGACCGCAAGCUGACACCUGGGGAGGUCUACAACCUGGCCACCUGCAGCACCAAGGCCCUUUCUGGCAACGUCAUCGCCUGGUCUGAGUCCCACAUUGAGAUCUACGGCGGAGCCACCAAGUGGACAUUCGAAGCCUGUCGCCAGAUCAACUGAGGCUCCAGGCCUGGCUGAGCCUCCCGGCCGUCAGCCCCCGGCCCCCGCCCACCUCCCCCUGCUUGUGCGGUGAUGAUCGUCGUCUCUUCUCUCCCUUUCCCCAGGAAUGACUCAAGGCCGUCGCCCUCGCACACGUGCACACGCAUACGCACACAGCCUGGUUUUGUCCUCAUGCACAGAAGCAGGCCCGGCUCCCAUCUGUCCCUGAGGAGGUCCCACUUCUCACUAGGAGCCCCAUGCUGCUUCUCAGGCAUGGCCCGUCACCGCUAAUGCAGGCGGCUGCAACAUUUUGAACAAUGCAGAAGUAGGUGAGAGGACUUGUGUGUGUGUGUGUGUGUGUGUGUGUGUGUGUCUCUGAGUGUGUGUCUCGGGGGAGGCCUUUUCUUUUAGGAUGAGGUAUUUCAUUUCCUUCUUUCUUUGUGGCUUUGGGAAAUCUCACGACUGGUCGAAUAUCUGUAUCUGCCAACUUUGUUAGCUGCCUGUGUGCCUUGGGGCUGGUGCAACUUCUUCAGCAACGCAUUUGUCUUUGUUUGCAAACCUUUUCCAGAGUGACAUGUCUCUGCUACGGUCAUGCGUCUCUUAAUGACGGCGAUAUGUGCUGAGAUGCGCCGUUAGGCAAUAUCGUCGUCGUGUGAACAUCAUAGUGUGCACUUACACAAACCUAGAUGGUAUAGCCUAUGACACACCUAGGCUCUAUGG